GUGAAAACAAUUGACAAUCUCAAACUUGUUAUCAAUAUCCACAACUACGUUUACCCAUAAAUCCAAACUGCAAAUAUAUUUUAAGAAUUUGACAGAAGAAGAAGAUGAUGGCUUUCAGGGGAGGAUCCCAACGGCAAAUCAGACGGUUGCUUGAGGUCACAGUUGAUCGAUGCUACAACUUGGAGGACACAGAGCCAUUUGCAACCGAAUACUCAUGUGUCCUUAUAUAUGGCGGUUCCAUGAGGAGGACCCGACCAUGCUUUGGUAAAGGUAUACACCCAGUGUUCGAGGAGAAAUUCGUUUUCGAAUUUACUGAAAAAGAUGUAGAAUUGAACAUUUGGGUAUUAGCCAAUAAGCCCACAAGAAACGACGAAGUUAUUGGCUCUCUAAGAAUUCAGCUCCAACAACUACUUUCUGAUGGUCAUGUUGACUCCACCUGGACUCUUCAGAAAACAGAUGAUAGGCCUGCAGGUUACUUACGGCUCACAAUGCAAAUCCCCACUUCCAGUUGUAGAUUAGAGCGCCAAGACUCGUAUUACACAGCGCCAAGGUUGGAUUCUACAGCUCCUCCCGAAGCAGAGGGAACCCAACGCCCGAUUUUGCACCAACUCCUACCGUAUGGUGGCCGUCCCCCGCCGAGCCCAACGCAGCCAAAUGAGUCUGCCGCCGCUCUUUGGUCUCAAUUCCUGCCAUAUGGUUCUCCGCCACCAACUGCUUCUGCCUACAAUACAACCACUGCUCCCCCUGCAGGCUACCCAAUUCAUCCUCCCCCUCCACCAGGUUCAAUCUCCCCCGGCAUUUACCCACCUCCACCGCGCUAACGACUCACCUCGCCAUGUUCUGUAGAUUAUACGUGAGAAAGCUUUCAAUGUGCUAUCGAUUACUAAAUUAUUCUUUGAUGUGAUUUUAUCUCCAUAUCAGCACUUUUAAUUUGUGGUAAUUCGUGUGCAAUUAAGGGUAGUGUAUAUGCCUGGGUGGUUUUUUGUUGAUGUAUUUAUGAUUUGGAGAGGAAUGUCUACGACGACUGGCAUUAAUUAAUAAGUUCGAUUGUGUUGUUACCAAGUAAUUAAAGUGAUUCAUACCAUGGAAGAUUAGUUGAAACUUUAAAUCAAAUUAAAAGCAAAGAAACAUUUCUUUUCUGUCAUC